AUGAGGAUCUUAGCGUAACAGUACUUUUGUUUCACCUCUCGCCCUUUAUACAUUUACAAUUCUUUCUCUUGUUGGACUAGAGAGGGAUUUGUUCAUCUAGCAAAUAAUAGAACUAAGCAGCUGAUAUCUGGUAAUAUCAUCUUCCUGUACUCCUGGAAAUCUUUAAAGGAAAUUUGGCACCCUCGUUAUGUUUCAAGAGAAAGUCGGGGAAAUUGUUACUUUACAAUAAAUUUACUUUUAUUCUGCACGUUAAACUUCUCCCAUCAAGGUUGAAUGAACUAAAGGAUUAUCAUCAGUUUCUUCAGUUUGAAUUCAUAUAAACGGGCAUGGAAUAAGUAUUGCGAACAUAUGGUACCAAGACUUUUGUGCGUUGUUCUUUCUUGUCAGUUAAACUUAGUUAUAAACAGCUAUAGGAAUUGAGCAAGACUAGCAGGUUAGAGAAAUGAAGCGCCAGUAGGACAAUAUUUCCUCUGAAAUAUCUGAUGUUCCAGAAAAUGCAAUGCGCUAUAGGGUCCCCUUUCUUAAGAUUCCAUUACUGGGUGAACGAGAAAUUCAAAUUCAAAGUAAAGAAAGUCAGAAUGUUGUAAAGACACUCAGAAAAGUAAAUCCAUCAGAACCUUGACCUUACAAGGACUAGGAUCUCUUCGAAAAACCGGCCUUGGUGUCCUGGACACCUUUCUACCUUCCAUCUUUGUAGCUAUUCUCAUCCCAAUCGUCAUGGUAAAUAAAAAUGUGUGUCUGCGCCCACAUGCAAUACCUCUGAUGUGCGAAUCAUUAAACGUCUUUGUCGCAUCCUAGCAAUUAUCUUCAGUUUGUAGUUUCAGUUGCCCUUCUCUGCAUCUGAGAUUUGUCCCUGAAAUAUCAUACCUUGUGGUCUUCUGCAAGGGAUUAAGCAUUCUUGUUUUGAUUAACUUAAUUGAAUCCUUAUAAUGCUGUUACUUCAUCCGCCUUCUUUUCUGGUUUGUAUCGGCUGAUGCAUGCUUGCUGUUGGUUAGCUCCCAACGGCUAGUCCACUUCUCUGCAAAGAUGAUAACUCUAUCUGUGAUGAUGCAAUGGCCAUAUUCUUGGCUCUUCAGUCACCUGAGCUGCAGGUUAUUGGACUUACAACAAUAUUUGGAAAUGUUUAUACAACACUUGCCACACGGAAUGCCCUGCAUUUGCUGGAGGUGGCUCAGAGGCAGGAUAUACCAGUUGCUGAGGGUUCGCAUGUCACAAUUACGAGAGGCACAAAACUCCAUAUUGCCAAUUUUGUACAUGGAGCAGAUGGGCUUGGAAACAUGAAUUUCCCUACUCCAACAGGAAAGGCAAUUGAACAGACUGCUGCAGCAUUUCUUGUCAGCAAUGCUAAUCUUUAUCCUGGACAAGUUACUGUGGUUGCACUUGGUCCCUUGACAAAUAUUGCUCUGGCCAUGCAACUAGAUCCUGAAUUUCCAAGGAAGGUUAGACAGAUAAUUCUUCUUGGUGGUGCUUUUUCGGUUAAUGGCAAUGUGAAUCCAGCUGCUGAGGCCAAUGUUUUUGGUGAUCCAGAUGCGGCUGACAUGGUGCUGACCAGUGGAGCUGAUAUAUUAGCUAUUGGUAUUAAUAUUACACAUCAGGUUGUUAUGACAGAAGUAGAAAGAGAGGAGCUUGCAAACUGUGGUGGAAGAUGUGCUCAACUCCUAAGCAAAAUGUUGGGUGUCUAUUAUGCAUAUCAUCAUGAGUCCUAUGGAACAGAGGGGGUAUAUCUUCAUGAUCCAACUACGCUAGUUGCAGCUAUUGAUCCUGCAUUCUUUACCUAUGUGGAGGGUGUUGUGAGAGUGCAAACUACUGGCAUCACGAGAGGCCUCACAGUGUUUGAUAAUUCCAAAAAACGUUAUGGCGAAAUAUCACCUUGGUGUAACCAGCCGAAGGUGAAAGUGGCUGUCACCGUUGAUGGUCAAGCAGUACUCAAGUUGGUGAAAGAGCGGCUCAUUUGCUCUUGAUAUCUGUUCGCCCGUUGCAGGUUGCUGGGAACCAGUGAUCUUUGGUUAUUUGUGCCAUCGAUCAUUGGUCAUAUCGCUUCUGAACAGAAUGCCAUGAACCUCGUGAGUUUUCGUUGCCCGUGCAACAUUAAUAUGCACUAUACUGAUGUGAUCAAUAUUCAGUCGUCAUGUAAUUAAGUUGGACACUUUCUGGUGCAGCUUGCAUUGAUCCUUGAGCCACUUUGACUUUGUAUUUUUAGUUUCAUUAUUCUUAAUGCUGGCUGUUGAACCACACAAACCCUCAUUGUGCUAACCAAAGACAUGAAGCUUGUGUUCUCC